AUGGACGCCGCCGCCGGCAACCUGACGGCGGUCAACGCGACGGCCGCCCCCGGUGCCGGCGCCGCCUCCGGCCCGGAGGAACUGUGGCAGACGCUGGUGCGCGAGCGGGCGCCGUUGGCCGCGCUGCUGCUGCUCUUCUCUGCGGCCACCGUCUUCGGCAACGGGCUCGUUAUCGUGGCGGUGGCGCGCGAGCGCUACCUCCACACCGCCACCAACUAUUUCGUCACGUCGCUUGCCGUCGCCGACUGCCUCGUCGGGCUCGUCGUGAUGCCGUUCAGCGCCGCCUACGAGGUCGCCAACCACGCGUGGUUCUUCGGAAUAGACUGGUGCGACGCGUGGCGCUCGCUGGACGUGCUGGCGAGCACGGCGUCCAUCCUGAACCUUUGCGUCAUCUCGCUGGACCGCUACUGGGCCAUCACGGACCCUUUCUCGUACCCCGCGCGGAUGACGGGGCGGCGCGCGGCAGCGCUCAUCACGGCCGUGUGGGUGUGCUCCGGCGCCAUCUCGUUCCCCGCCAUCGCGUGGUGGCGCGCCGUGCGGCCCGAGCACGUGCCGCCCUACAAGUGCCCCUUCACCGAGAACCUCAGCUACCUCAUCUUCUCAUCCACCAUCUCCUUCUACCUGCCGCUCUUCGUCAUGGUGUUCACCUACUACCGCAUCUACCGCGCUGCCGUCGUCCAGACGCGGUCGCUCAAGCUGGGCACCAAGCAGCAUACGCAGCUUGUUAUCACACAUUCGCAAGUACUUCGCAAAGAC